AUUGGUGGCUUGAUUCUUUCUUUCUUUCUUUCUACAGCGGCCAGCCAGCCUGUUGUUGUCGCUUUAAAACAUCAACGAACCAGACACCAUCUCAGCCGUCCAUUUGGUCCCUAACUAUUAAUUAUAUUGAGGAAGGAAGGAAGGAAGGAAGGAAGGAGGAGAGUCUAUCGAUCCCAUCUAUAGAUUAGAGUCUACCCCGUCCCAAAUCCAAUUCGUAAUUUCUCUCUAUCUCUCCCGUUCCGACUCCAAAUCCAAAUCCAAUUCUGGAUCUGAGUUUAGGUUGCAGAAGAGAAAAUGGAGGAGGCGAAAUGGUGGGUUAUGGCCAUAGCAAUUUCCGUCGUCGUCAUCGUCGUCGUCGAGGGUCAGUCGUCUACUCCACCGCCUACUGUUAAGACUGUCAAGGGAGUGAAAGUAUGCGAUAGAGGUUGGGAAUGUAAGGGAUGGUCAAGUUUUUGCUGCAACGAGACCAUAUCAGAGUUUUUCCAGACAUACCAAUUUGAGAACCUCUUCUCCAAGAGGAAUUCCCCUGUGGCCCACGCCGCCGGAUUCUGGGACUACAAGUCUUUCAUCAUUGCCGCUGCAAUUUACGAGCCCAUGGGAUUCGGCACCACCGGCGGCAAGCACAUGGGGAUGAAUGAGGUAGCAGCCUUCCUCGCCCAUGUCGGCAGCAAGACUACUUGUGGUUAUGGAGUUGCUACAGGUGGACCACUUGCUUGGGGUCUAUGCUACAACAAAGAAAUGAGCCCUAGUCAGUCAUAUUGCGACGACUUCUACAAAUACGAAUAUCCUUGCGCACCUGGAGCUGACUACUAUGGCCGUGGAGCUUUGCCUAUUUACUGGAACUAUAACUAUGGAGCUAUUGGUGAUGCUCUUAAGGUUGAUUUAUUACAUCACCCUGAAUACCUCGAGAACAAUGCCACACUUGCUUUCCAGACUGCAAUUUGGAGGUGGAUGUCGCCAGUGAAGAAGUCACAGCCUUCAGCCCACGAUGUUUUUGUUGGGAACUGGAAACCAACUAAAAAUGAUACUUUGUCGAAAAGGGUUCCUGGUUUUGGGACAACCAUGAACAUUCUCUACGGGGAUAGCGUGUGCGGGCAGGGGGAUGUGGACUCCAUGAACAACAUCAUUUCCCACUACUUGUACUAUCUUGACUUGAUGGGUGUUGGUCGCGAGGAUGCAGGACCGCAUGAAGUGCUCAGCUGUGCUGAACAAAAAGCUUUUAAUCCCUCCUACGUCGCAUCUUCUUAAGCUAAGCUUCCCAACCCAACUAUUAUCAUAUAUAUGCACUAUAAAAACUGCUGCUUAUGCUUCUGCUGUUAUGCAAUUGGACCUGGUAAAUUGUGAAUUUCCCGCUUUGUUAUGGUUGUUGUUUUUGUAGGUGUUGGAAUUCAAUUUGGUAUUAGUCACAUAUGUUGAUGAUCCAAUCUUAUAUAAUAAUGCAAGCUUGUUGUAUUCUUUUGUACUGUAAUAAUACUCUUGAAGAUAUUUGCUAUAUAUGUGGAGUGAAUGAAUGAACAGACUAUUGUGAUUCUA